AUGGCUUCCAACGACAAAAACGCAUCUUUGGCAGUAAUCGAUUACGAAGCCUUGGCCAACAAAGAUGGCGGAGAGAUUCAGAAGCUUGUUCAAGCUUGCGAAUCUGUCGGCAUGUUUCACCUGAGCCUUGGAAACUCUCGGAUGAAGGCCAUUUACGAGGACAUACCAAACCUGCUCGAGGCAGGCAGUGCCUUCUUCAGCCUGCCUUCUGAUUCCGAGGAGAAGAGGCAAAGCCUCCGCGAGGGUAUGGAACGAGGUUAUCAUGCGGCCAAAACAUUCGAAUACUACGAGGCACGUUGCACCCGGCUUGUCAUAUGUCCUUUGCCAGUACUAACCGUGUUAUCCCGACAGAUUGCCCGCGACGAGUAUCUGCAAGGGAAGUGGGCUCUCCCAGCCAGCCUCAGCCCUUACGAGGAGCGCAUCACAAGGAUCCUGCAAGGCCUGAACCGAGUCAUCCACACCGUCCUGGCCGAGCUCUGCGACUCCGUCCAGGUGGAUCUAGCUGAGCUGAGCGACGAUCCAAUGGUUCCCAGCGACACGGCGCUGAAGCUAGUGUACAAGCCCCCCGUGCAGGAGCCGGGUGCUGUUGUCCAGCCGUGGCACACAGACUUUGGCCUCAUGACGACGAUGUGGUAUGAGGAGGUGAGCGCGCAGAUACCUGUGUAUGACGCAGAGGGAAAGCGGACCGAGGACUGGCAGGCGGUCCCGGUCGUUGACGGGGCACUCCUCGUCAACAUUGCGGAUCAGCUCGAGGCCAAGUGCCACGGUCGACUGCGCUCGACUGUUCAUCGUGCCGUGACGCCACCAGGGCCGAAGAAAGAGAGGCGUGGAUUGGUUUACCUCCUGCGACCAUACAAGGGUUAG